GUUGAACGCUUCUACGAAAUGGACUACAUAAAACUGCAGGAUGAAGUGAAAGCUUUGAAGAAUUUGGGAGAACACUUGGAGCACAAGCUAAAACUUGUCAACUUCGAGGUUUGUGAUUUACAAAACGAUGUCUUAACAUUGCUGGACAAAUGUGUGGAAAUUCAGGUCGACGGUAAUCUAAAUGACCUGAACUUGAAUUAUUUACGUGAAUUUUACUAUACGAAAAAGCGUGAGCAGAUCGAAACCAAACUAACUGUAACACAGCAAGCAGCAGAGUUAAAGAAACUACAGCAUGCAAUAGAAGAGAUGGACAAGGAUAUUGCAGCGCUUGAAAAAUUUACCAACUCAGUUGAUAAGCGCUUGACCCCGGCAGCUAUCCAACAGCAGAUUAAUGAAAUCGAGGCAAAAUCCAAGGGUCUUGUAGACAGACAAAAGGGCCUCAAAGUGCCACAGGAUUUUAAUAUUGAAGCGGUUAUAGAAAAGAUCGAUUUGUUGGAGCGAAAGAAAUAGAUAUGUUCUAGUUUUUGUAUAAAAAUGAUUUUAAUAUGUUUUUAUUUAAUCAGUUGAUUCAAAAAAAAUAUUUACCAUAACACAAAAUCAGCAAAUCUAAA